UAUAUUGUUCAAAAUCUGUAAUGAGUCUGCUGCCCUUGAUUCCUUUGCUGCUGUUGCUGCUCUCCCUGUUGCACCUGAAUAAUGCAUUCAAUUAUUGCAAUAAUGGUUCACAUUAUUGCAAUGUGAAUGGAAUGAAGCAUUUUGUGUGCCAACUGGAUGACGAACUGCAUCCGUUGUAUGAAAAGGCCAAGUUUGUGGGUCUUGUACCAGAUACCAUAAAAUUGCGUAACAUCUUUUUGCAGUAUCACAAUUCAUAUCGGAAUAAACUGGCUGGCGGUUCGUUGAUCACGAAUAACAAUAUGACCUUCAAAUCGGCCUCUCGAAUGCGUGAACUGAUCUGGGAUGAGGAACUCGCUUACACGGCACGUUUACACGCUGCAACUGUCUCGUUCAAGCAUUCAUUAUGUCGUUCCGUGCUGCGCUUUCCAUUUGCCGGUGAGUGUUUGGGUUUGGUAUUUGCCAGUCGAGGACGUCGUCGCAUUGCCGAUAUAUUGGACCUCACGCUGCAGGCCAUGUUUGAAGAGUAUCUAGAGGCUGAAGAUCCCGAUGAGGUCAUCAACAGUUUUGAUGCCCAAAAGCACUAUGAUUUGGGACAUUUUACGGUCAUUGUUAGUGAUCGUGUCUCACGCGUCGGUUGCGCUCUGGCUGCGGCCACUGAUUGUGAAAAGGAGACUACAGACGGUUACUGCCAUUUUCUGACCUGUCAUUAUGAUUUUACCAAUAUGGCCAGUUCGUAUGUAUAUCGAACAGGCGAAUCGGCCAGCAAGUGUAAUACAUGGAAGACUUCCCCCAGCAAAGAACAUACGAAUCUUUGCACAAAUUCUGGCGAAAUAUUUCCCGAGGAUCAUGGCGAGAACGAGAGCAAACUCCAAGGUCGCAUUUUAAAGUUUUAAUAUUUAUAUGUAUUGUACAUUUAUAAUUUGCAUGUUACAUUUAUUUGGUUUCAUUUCCAUUCACAAAACUCAUAAAAUCCAUGUCGUGCGGUAACAUAUCGUUAAUCGUUUAUCUUUGAUGUAUAUAUCUUUUAUUAUAAUGUAUGCAUG